CGGAUACUGUACGGCACUGUAUGAGAUAUAUCCAAUCCAUUGUUUACUUUCACUUUGAAAUUUGACGACCGGCAAACGCAAUGUCGGUUACAUUCCAUACCGAUUUAGGUGAUUUGAAGAUAGAACUUUUCUGUGAACAAGUUCCCAUAGCUAGUGAGAAUUUUCUUGCAUUAUGUGCCAGUGACUACUAUAACAACUGUAAAUUCCACAGAAACAUCAAAGGCUUCAUGCUACAGACAGGAGAUCCUACAGGUACAGGUAAAGGUGGUAACAGUAUAUGGGGACGUAAGUUUGAGGAUGAGCUAAGAGAAGGUCUUAAGGUAAGGUAUCUGUUUGAUAUGAUAUUUAAGCCGCGUCAUGACAAAACCAACAUAGUGCGUUUGCGACCAGCAUGGAUCAAGACCAGCCUGUGCGGAUGAUCAGGAUCCAUGCUGUUCGCUUUCAGU